GAAACGGAACGGGAGAGGCAGGGAGGCGUUGAUGGAACUGUCCUUGUGUGCAUAUCAUUCUGCUGAUUCUGGUUAUAUACUGAGCACUCGGCACAGACGUGCGAAAUGUAUAAGGGAGUGCGCUCAAGAAAGACUAUGUGGUGAUUCGAAUGUGGUGAGGGAGACGAUGGAAACAUUUGACCAAGUAUGACGUAUCAGCGCAUUCAGGAACAACUUCAACGCCAAUCCAGACGCCGCUCCUAUCGUGCCGGUUAUCAGCCAGAACCUUUCGCCGUAUGUGACUCUGGAUGUUUGAAAAGUCAACACAACACGUCGCCAUGAUUUCGACGACAGUGGCUCUGUGAAGACCAGCUAUCAUUGAAGAUUGAUGCCUGUUGCGAGAGAGCAGUUGCUGUCCGCUUUUACCACGACCUCUUUCGAUCACGGACGAGAGCCAUGCCCACAGACACCUCAGCGCUCCUGACCAACGGGGCUGAUGCGUCCUCGAAGGCAACAUCACCUCCCAUGACUGCAACAACCUCUGUCCUCGACCCUUCCAACUUUCCUCAAACCCUGUCCUCUGAAACCAUCUACAUCUCCCUUGUCUACGGCCCUCUCGAUAUCCCAGCGUACUUGCGAUUCACCCGCUCCCCCACAGCCGGCGCCAACGUUCUGUUUCUAGGCACCACCCGCAACAACUUCGACCAUCGCCCUGUCUCCCGGCUUUCAUAUUCUGCCUACCCUUCGCUCGCCCUCAAGUCUCUCCACGCUAUUGCUGAGGACGUGCAGAAGAAGCAUGGGCUAGAGAAGGUGGUAAUCGUCCACCGACUGGGCGAAGUCAAGGUAGAAGAGGAGAGCAUUGCCGUUAGCGUGAGCAGCGGGCAUCGUGCAAGUGGCUGGAAAGGCGCCGAAGAGAUCCUGGAGAGAGUCAAGGCUCGAGCAGAGAUCUGGAAGAGGGAGUGGUUCGCGGACACUGGGGAAGUCGAAGAGGGCGUUUGGAGAGCAAACAGGGAUACAGAUGGACACGGGAAUAUUCUACGGCCACACUAAGGCCGCCCUACGCCCACAGGGAGUCAUGCUGGUGGUACGCACGCCGGCCUUUCUCAUCUCGACGGUGAAUCGCAAUGGUGCGUGCAGGAUGACUUCCUCCGCUAUUCUGGAUGGGCUGCCAGGUUCAUGAACCAUCUGUGGGGUUCUUCCACAUGUCUGUCGGUGACAAAAUGGGAAUCAUUGACAUGGGCAAGGUUGAUCUCACGCUGGCGUCGCCGCGCAUCGACAGCAAGCAGAUGACGAGUACAUCUGGGGCUUGCAGGAGGAACACUGCAGAAGAAACUCCUUCAAGCCCACCCAUGUUGCCGAGAAGUGGACAGAUUUCUUGCCUCUUUAGCGGCCCAUGGCUGGCAUGAGCUUGCGAGACGCAAAGAGAGCUCGAAAUGGAGUUGAUCCAUGUCACAAUGCGGAGCGCUUACGGGGUAUUCGGGAACUCCUUGUCUCAAAUCGAGGUCAUGCGAGCAGACAGCUUUUUGCUUCAAUAGCAGGAGCCUAAUGCAGACUCUCUGAUGCUAGGCUUUGCGCUUGUUGCAAACUGAGAAAACAAAUGGCUGGAAAACUCAAGCAUGACGAAGCUUCUGUGUCUGAGCGGAGACUCAAAUAUCAGGUGGCUGGGAGCUUCGAUAAGACAUGCUGGUGGAUUGCGGGGGGUUGUCGGCGGAACCGUGGGAAGACCUUACCGGCAAUCCCCUCCAACACUGUCGAUAUGGCUUCUCAAAGCAUCCAGCCCUGGGAGAACAGCUUGGAAUGUGAUCCUGCGCCUGCCAAAGCCACUUCGAAUACUUCCAAGCCUGAGAGAUUAGCGAAUUGCCAUGUGGUCGUCGAACUGCUUCCUUCAUGGACUGUGGAGUUCAGCCACUAUGGAUACUCAAGUUUGAGGAAUCUGGAACAAUGCAGAGCUUUGACAACAGCGCAUUGUCUGCAUUCCUUCAAAGCUAUUAUCGAUUUCGAUUGUUUUACUCCCCUGCAUCGAGGUUUUCAAAAUCCGCAUUAAACUCAAACUUUGAUGGAAGGCUGGGGGGAAUAAUGGUUUACAAAGAAUCCACCGGAACUCUUCACAUGCAGAUGCAGCACAUUGUUGAUCCCCAAUGCGAACUUGCAGCGCCCCUAACCUGCCUUGACAACACUCAUACCUGUGAACGAGAUGGGAUAUCGAAACGAGGUCACAUGAAGUACCCUACCUACCCGAGACAGCAAAGUGCUGCACGGUCUGCCGAAGCUGAGUGACCCCUCUGAUAACGGCAAAACGGCACCAGAUAGCUUGCCAGCACCCAUGGCCACUGGUAGACCUGUCCAUUGCGACUGAUUGGGACAUGUGUAAAUCUCGACCCAGGCCUCUCGUGCCAUUGUCAAGAGCGUACCAGUGUUCAGGACAAGUUUAGUUCAAAGGGUCUCGAUCCCCAUUCUCCUCUACAUACCUAAGACAUGAGCAAGGCAGAAGCCAAAGCUGGUCAUGUGAAUCCUGAUCUGGCAACGGACAUGCAUUGCUAGGCCUCGGAAUGCCAAGCUCGAAAGUGAGAGGUUGAAUGCAUAUGACUUGCAGAUUCAAGCAUACACGAUCUGCCGCCCCUGCAAGCAAUGACAAAUGAAGUGAGCUAGCUGAAGAUUCUUGAGGGGUUUGCACAGUUCAAGGACGGAGUGUACAGCCCUAUGAAUCACCAGUGGCACGCCAGGGCUUAUAUGCAUGUCCUAGCUUGCUGAGCUGGCUCAUCCGUCCGGGGAUUCCAGCGGCCUUAGGCAU